GCACAAUCAAGUCGUCCUCUUCCUAAACCAAAUCCUCUUUUCUCACGAAAUCGGUCAUUCUUUCGAGACUCCAUUAUCUUCCAAAAUGGCAUCAGUCUAUCCAAGCUCAAUCCCGGACUGGAACAACAACCAAGUCAUUCAUCGCAACACGCUGCCUCCCCGGAGCCACUUCUUUCUCUACCCAGACAGCGAGAAAGCAUUGACUCGUGAUGUCUCCUUGGCCGAAGCCCAGCUGCUCUCUGGCGAGUGGAAGUUCAACCUAUCCAAGUCGCCUCUGGUAGGUCCAGUGGGAUUUCAACAGUUCGAUUUCUUCGCAGACCCGGACUGGAAACCCAUUCAGGUCCCGGGCAUGUGGCAGCUUCAGGGCUUUGGAAAAGGUCCGCAUUAUACCAACAUCAACUACCCUUUCCCGGUGAACACUCCACAUGUCCCCAUUGAUGAGAACGAGUGCGGACGCUACGUGACAUAUUUCCAACUUGCCCCCGAGGGCAAGGACCAUCAACUACGCCUCCGCUUCGAAGGUGUCGACUCGGCUUUUACAGUUUGGUUGAAUGGCAAGGAUGUCGGCUACUCCCAAGGCUCGCGGAACCCCUCCGAGUUUGAUAUUACCCAAUAUGUGAAUCUCGAAGGAGACAAUAUCCUUGCUGUCGAGGUCUACCAGCGAUGUGACGGUACUUACAUUGAGGACCAGGACCAAUGGUGGCUGAGUGGAAUCUUUCGCGAUGUCUGGAUACACAAGUUUCCGAAGAAGUCCCACUUCAAGGAUGUCAAGGUCCUGCCCACUCUUGACAACGAGUACAGGAAUGGCAAGCUAUCCGUGACCAUUGAACUUAGCAGUCCGGAAGAGGUUACUUUGAAGUUGCUUGAUCCUGCUGGGGGCGAAGUCAUUCAGGGAACAAUAGAGGUAUCUGGAGAACAGUCCACUGUUAUCGAACUCAACAUCAAAAACCCCUUGAAGUGGACUGCCGAGACGCCGAACCUUUACACGCUACUACUGACUACGCCGGAUUGUGCUCUGACCGAGAGAGUCGGCUUCCGCCGCGUUGAACUUCUCCAUGGUGUCUUCUCCGUCAACGGAAAUUUCAUCAAGCUGAGAGGCGUCAACCGUCAUGAACAUCAUCCUGAUUUCGGGCGCGCCGUACCAUAUGAGUGGCUCAAGAGAGACUUGCUGCUCAUGAAACAGCACAACAUCAACGCCAUUCGGACUUCCCACUACAUCAAUGACCCUCGGCUAUAUGAGUUAGCGGACGAGCUCGGCCUGUGGAUCCUGGACGAAGCCGAUCUAGAGUGCCAUGGCAUCUUUGUCGUCGGAGGUGAUGGUAACAAGAUGCUCUCUGAUAAUCCUGACUGGCAGGAGGCGUACCUUGACCGCGCACGACAGAUGAUCAUGCGUGACUACAACCGGCCUUCAAUCAUCAUCUGGUCACUCGGCAACGAGUCCGGUUAUGGCAGCAACCAUAGAGCUAUGUACGACUAUAUCAAGAGCGUCGACACCAGUCGUCCGAUUCACUACGAAGGUGACUGGAACGCUCAGUCAGCAGAUAUCUUCAGCAGAAUGUAUGCAUCGGUUGACUCCAUGGAGGGCUACGCUAGGGAGCCGUCGUGGGACAAACCUUUCGUCUUAUGCGAGUUUGCCCAUGCCAUGGGCAACGGACCAGGUGCUCUCAAGGAGUAUAUUGAGCUUUUCUACAAAUGGCCCAGACUGAUGGGAGGCUUUGUAUGGGAGUGGGCAAAUCACGGCUUGAGAACCAAGACCGCAGACGGAGAAGAGUACAUGGCAUACGGUGGUGACUUUGGAGAUGAGCCCAAUGACUCUAACUUCGUCUUGGACGGUCUCUGCUUCUCCAACCACACUCCCACACCUGGGCUGUUGGAGUACAAGAAGGCCAUCGAGCCUGUACAGACACUAAACCUUGAAAACGGCAAUCAGGUGCGAAUCAUCAACCGAUACGACUUUGUCAGUCUUGACCACCUCAAGUGCUUCUAUUACUAUUCGGAUGAUGAGCCCGAUUGGAUUGAGAAGCGCGAGAUUAAGAUCCCCAAAGGAAUCAAGGCCCACGAACAACGACUCAUCACCGUCGACGGCCUUCUCGACGCCGAAGCGCUCAAAGCCGCUGGCCGCCACGACUGCCACCUAACGCUCGAAUUCUCCCUCGCCUCCGCAACCAACUGGGCAGAAGCCGGCCACAUCGUCGCCACCGGCCAGCUCCCUCUCACACCCCCCAACAACCCAUUCGCAAACCUUCCCCCCGCCACCGGCGCUCAAUUCGACCUCCUCUCCCCCACCCUCCUCUCCAUCACCAGCUCUAACAACACCUACGAAUUCGACCUCUCCAUCGGCGCCCUAACAAGCUGGAAACGCUCCCCCACCACCCCCAACAUCCUCACCACUCCCCUGCAACUCUGCCUGUACCGCCCUCAAACCGACAACGACCACGGCUGCGACUUUGGUCGUAACUGGACCUCUUCGCGACUGACCAUGGCCAAACACCACCUCCUCUCCGCAUCCUGGGAUAACCCCUCCUCGCCCGCCUCCUCCGGCUCCGGCUCCGGCUCCGGUCCGCCCACCGUGACCAUCCAGGGCCGCUUCGCGCCCCCCGUGCUCAACUGGGCGCUCGAGACCACGACCGUCUACUCCUUUCUCGAAGAUGGCAACAUCCACGUCAAGCUUUCGGGGAAACCCGUAGGCAACUGGCUCCCCCGCGCCUGGGCGCGCUUAGGUCUCGAGGUAGGAUUGAGAGACGUGCACAGCGCAUCGUGGCAGGGUCGCGGGCCGGGGGAGUCGUACCGCGAUAAGAAGGAAUCACAACUUAUCGGGUCUUGGACAAGUACCAUCGACGAGUUGUGGACUGAGUACGAGUUCCCCCAGGAAGGGGGGAAUAGGACGGAUGUGCGGUCUGUGGAGUUUUUCUCCGAAAGGUGGGAGAUGGUGUUAGGAGCGAGAUAUCUUAAACCCGAUAACGGGAAGAAUACGAGUUUUCAGGCGAGCAGGUAUACGGUGAUGGAUGUGGAGGCGGCGAGGCACCCGUUUGAGUUGCACAGGAAGAGGAGGGAGGAUACGAUUGUUCAUUUGGAUUGGAUGCAUCAUGGCUUGGGCACGGGGAGCUGUGGGCCGGAGACGAGGCCGGAGUAUACGCUGUGGGCGGAUAGGGAGUAUGAGGUUGAGGUGGUUUUGUAUUGAGUUCCUUGGGUCUACAAACAUCUCAUCUUUCAUGAGCCCUGAGGUUGGCUUGAGGUAUUUUGUAAAGCAUAGCUACCUAGGUAUUUGUGGAAGCCAGAACAUGUUCAUCAUUUAAUUGAGUGGACGACAGAAGCAG